GUUCUUCAGCUCCUCCACGCCCGCGCCGCUCGCCGCCGUCUCCCCGAAAUCCUCUCCCACGUCCUCCGCCACCACCUCCAUCUCUUCUCCCCCUCCCUCCUUUCUCACCUCGCCUCCUCCUCCGCCUCCAUCCGCCUCCCCUCCUUCUCCCACCGCCUACUCCUCCUCUCCCCCUCCCCCGACCUCCCCCUCUUCAACGCCGCCAUCAAAUCCCUCUCCUUCUUCCCCUCCCACCAACCCUUCCACCUUCUCUCCCUCCUCCGCUCCGCCGGCCUCAAACCCGACCGCCAGACCUUCGCCCCUCUCCUCAAGUCUUGCUCCCUCCUCCCUUCCCUCCAACCCGGCGCUGCAAUCCACGCUUCGGCCCUCCUCGCUGGCUUCGACGCACAUGCAGCGGUCGCCAUCCAGCUCGUUGAGUUGUACGCCCAGUUCGGCCGAAUGAAGGACGCCCACAAAGUAUUCAACCACAUGCCGCACAGAGAAAUCGUGGUAUGGAACUUAAUGAUCAAUGGUUUCUUCAAAAUAAGCGAUUUUGAUUCCGCCUUCCUCCUCUUUCGGAAAAUGGGAAACAGAAAUGUCGUCACAUGGAAUACAAUGCUUGCUGGGAUUACACGCGCAGGUCAUGAUAUUCAAGCGAUGGAGUUGUUUUUGGAGAUGUGGGAGUCCGGCAUGGAUCCAGAUGAAGCCACCAUUGUCACCAUUCUUCCCAUCUGUGCUCGAUUGGGGAAUUCCGAUCUCGGACGAAAAAUUCACUUCUACGCCGAACAAAGAGGUCUUUUGAUCUCUGCUUCCAACGUUGGGAACUCCCUCAUCGAUAUGUACUCAAAAUGUGGAGACUUGGAGAACGCACGCAAGGUGUUUGAUGAAAUGCCGCAACCAGAUGUGGUAACUUGGAACACUAUGAUCAAUGGACUAGCCAUUAAUGGGCACGGCUUAUUGGGACUCCAGAUGUUUGAUGAAAUGCUUGAGAGAUGCUUCCCGCCACCAAAUUCAAGCACAUUUGUUAGUGUUCUUGGAUGCUGCACUCAUGCCGGCAUGGUGAAUAGAGCGAAGGAACUGAUUCUCGCUAUGACGGCGGAGUACAAGAUCAAACCAAAACUCGAGCAUUACGGGUGUUUAGCGGACUUAUUGGGGCGGUGCGGGCGGACGAGAGAGGCAUUAGAGUUGAUUGAAGGGAUGCCGAUGAGGCCGACGGCGGCGAUCUGGGGGGCGCUGUUGAGUGCUUGCCGGAAUAACAGGGAUGUCGAGGUUGGGGAGAAGGCGGCAAAAAAGUUGAUGGAGGUGGAGCCGGAGAAUUCGGGGAAUUUCGUGUUGUUGGCUAAUUUGUAUGCUGAGGGUGGGAGGUGGGAGGAGGCUGAGAAAGUUUGGUCUGUAAUGAGGGGGAUGAGAGUUUGGAAGAAUGCAGCUCGAAGUGCUGUAGGGUUGGAUGGGUGAGUUUUCAAGUCCUUCAUGAACUAUUUAUCGCCGGCUGCCGGCACCCGGCACCGCCUCCCAUUAGCUCCACCGGCCAACCGCCAGCACUGGAGCAAAACUGUUUUAAGUUUGUAAGAUGAUAUAGAAUGUAUGAUAUUGGAUUAUUAUCUUUAUGAGGAGUUUACUGAAAGAACUGGGAGUAAUAUUAGUCCAAUGCAGUUAUAGUUUUGGA